UCUUGCAAAGCGCUUCAUCGGUGCUUAGGGUCUCCCGAUCGAUCCCUCGUUAGUUUUCUGUUCAGUUCCAAGCGACGGCGUUUGGCUAAAUACACAAGUGACAUGUUAAGUGUAAAUUAAUUUCUCGUUGUUAUUUACUUCUUCGGUGAUCGAAGUGUUCGGUGAUCGAUGCAAAUUGACAUGUAACUAUUAGCCACGAAAUGUUACUACACGAAAGUGCCGCCAGCAUGGAACAGAGUAUGCCCGAGAACCUCAGCACUCAAAUGUGCGAGGUGAAGGUGCCGGCGCCUACCGCGAACUGUACUGUCUCCGAAAGGAGUGAUCGCGGUCUUCCUGCCGAAGAGUUAGCCCCCAGAACCGACACUGGCCCAGCCAGCACGUCGCCCCCCGCCACCACCAGCACCACCAAAGUAAAGCUGAGCUUCAGCGUUGAUCGCUUGCUGGGCUCCUCCGAGUCCAGUCCUUCGUCCUCCCCCGCGUCAUGGGCCUGCUGCGACGGUAAUGCCUUCUCCUGCUGCACUUUUCCGCGCUGCUUUAGCCAAGCAAAAGCAGAAGUUCCUAAGCUCGGGCAGCUCCUACAUCCUGCCGCCGCGCCAGCAACUGCAUCGCAUCUAUACUCCUACGUCGGACUCGAUAAAUUAUAUCCUGGGAUGUGUAUGGAUUACAAAUCGGUACUGAGACCGACACCCAUUCGGGCAGCAGAACAUGCCACAUCCACAUAUCCCACGCUGGCCACAAACGCGCUCCUCCGCUUCCAUCAACAUCACCAGCAGCACCAUCAGCAGCACCUCCAUCAGCAACACAAGCCUCCGCCACAUAGCUCGACGAUAGCAGCCUCGGGCCUGCUGGCGCCCCUUCAUAGUCUCAAGAACCUCCAGUGUACGCAGCAACAGCGGUUUCUGGGCAAGUCGCAGCAGCAGCUCCUGGACCACACUACCACGACACCUGCCGAUGCCACACCCCAAAAUGGCAGCCAUGGCAACAAUGGUUGCAACGGCGGCGGCAAUAAUGGAAAACGGAAGCGCUCCUGGUCACGGGCCGUCUUCACCAAUCUGCAGCGAAAGGGCCUGGAGAUUCAGUUCCAGCAGCAGAAGUACAUCACCAAGCCAGAUCGCCGCAAGCUGGCAGCUCGACUCAACCUCACAGACGCCCAGGUCAAGGUGUGGUUUCAAAACCGUCGCAUGAAGUGGCGGCAUACGCGGGAGAAUCUGAAAAGCGGUCAGGAGAAGCAGCCCCAACAGCACCAGCAGCCAACGUCUGCACCCAGUGCAGGAAUAGGCAGUGGAGGCUCUAAGGGGGCCAGUGUUCCGGGAGCUGGAAAUGCCCACGAGGCCCUCGACUACAGCUCCGACAGCUCCUCCAGCGUGGCGUUAAGCGAGCAGGCCGACGACGAUGAUGAUAACAUAGUAAUUGAUGUGGUCGAGUAGUCGUACUUUUACAUGCAUUCUACAGAUGUAUCGCCAUAAGGAUGUGUAUAAAUUAUUAUUAUUAAAUUAUUGAAAUACGAAUAAGCUUCAUUUGUUAAACAUAAAUUAUUCUAAAAUAAAUGUCAAAGUAAAUAACACUACAACUU